AGCGCACGCUGCACUAUAGGCCGCCGCGUCUGUCCGCGUGCUGAUGAGGGUCAAAUCAGAGUGAAAAAGAGCGAGAAAGAAGAACAAAUGGUAGCAAAUUAGAACGAGGAGUGUGGAACCGUGAGAAAAUGUGCGAGAAAGCCGUGAGAGUCGUCGCGGAACUGCAUCUCAGAGCAGUGACCUGUCCCGGCGUGUUUCUGCCAGACAAAGAUGACCUGUACCUCAGCGUGUGUCUCAUGGGUCAAUAUAAGAAGUCGGAAUGUGUGUCACCUCUCUUCCCCCUUGUGUUUGAAGAAAAAAUGCGAUUUGAGAAGAUAUUUAAGCAUGUCAGCGAUCCGGCCGAAGUCGCCGAACUACUUGAACAUGAAACAGUUAAAAUUGAACUCAUACAGCUGAUUCCUCCAGGUGCUCUGCUGUGUCUUUUCAGUAUUAUCAUUAACAUGGUGAAUGUGACAUCACAACAACUCGCGUUGUGCACCUCGGUCACCCUCUGUGUCUCGGCCGUAGUGGGGGAGUCGCUCGCGCACAUCGAGCAGGACGUCAGGCAGUUUCUCUUUCCCGAACCCAAACUGGUGCCACCCUCUCCAGGUGUGGAUCGAGAAGUCCUGAUGAUGCGUGCCUCCAACUUCCCUGGUAUCGCACCUAGGCUGGAGUUCUCCACUAGGACCACGAUCAGGGACUGUCCCCUCACAGCGGAGAAACGCGUCUUUCCCAACGUCCUCCUGAGCUCGUCCUCGAGGAGGUCCUGCGGGAGGAAGACCCAGGUGCCAAGAAGCAAGGCCACCUCUGCAGCAAGGAGGAGACCCUCCUGUGGAGCCGUGGGCUGCGGCAAGAGGCAGCCGCAGACCCCCAGGUGCCACUCGCCGGGGUGGCACGCGAGCGCACGGGACGGUUCUCGUGGCGCUCGGCUCCUCUCCAAGUCCGCGAGCGGCCUGGAUUUCCUGAACGAUGAUGCUGAGGAUGCCACAACCAGAGUGGGCCGCAGUCGGCUAGAGCGGUGGUCCCCUCCGGGGCCUGAGCGUCCCCUAAGCCCCCCGGCUCUCAAGAUCUCACACAGAGAGAGCAUGAGCAGAAAUGGGUUUCGCACAGGUCCUCCUCACAUCUGGGAUGUGGUGCACGAGCGAGUGCAGCGUCUCCUGAACACCUCGAGGGCCAUGCGCCAGCUGUCCAAUGGUUCGGUGGAGUCCGAGGUCGAUGACGUGAUGAGAAGGUCCAUCACCCCACAGCCCCGCCUUCCGUAAGAGCACCUCACUGCAGCAAAGAAGAACAAGUUGGAUCACAGCAAGAAAGACAAUGUGACAUCAAGAAAUUGCAAAUGCAUGCAGAUAAUAAAA